AUGUCACAGCGACAGAUCGGCACCGUCUUCGUCGCAGAAGGCAAGCUGACGGCGUUAGAGGCGGAUCACGUCCUGCGCCAGGACUGGACCAAGGUGUCGCGGGGCCCGCGGCGCGCAGAGUCGUGGGCCGUCAACGACAUGGCGCUCGUGUCGGACCCAGCAGACGACCCCGACGCGGGCCCAUGCUUUCAGUCGCUGCCGAGCAGCGGUCACCUGCCGACAUGGCACGCGCCCAGGAUCAGCGAUCACAUGGCCAGGGAAGCCAAAAAGACCCCGAAGCGCGCUGCAGCACACGCCUCGAUUCGGCAGACCGUCUUAAUGAAUGCCAUGGGGAGGACACUUGCCACUUUCGAGGCGGUCAGGACGGCGUUGACGGAUUCUCGGGGGGCUGGUGAUCCUUCGACGACAACGCAGAUCACUGGAAUUACGGGUUACAUUGGGUUCCAGACCCUGAUCAUCGCCCUGGAACGAGGCUACCGCGUACGUGGCGCGAUACGAAACGAGGAAAGCAUCGCCAGUCUACGGAAUAAGAGCAAGUUGAUCGCCCAGUCCCAUGCAGAUGGAGCGCUGGAGUUUGCCAUCAUACCUGAUUUCCUCAAAAAAGGGGAAAUUUCGAAGCACCUCCAUGGGAUCACUGUUGUUGUGCAUCUCGCGUCCCCACUGGCUCUCCACGCCGAAGACUAUGAGCGCGAUAUCAUCGAGCCAGCAGUAGACAUGGUGCAAAUGAUCCUCGAGGCCGCUGCUCACUCUGUCUCUGUCCAACGGGUCGUCGUGACCUCCUCAUGUGUGACGCUGAUUCCAUUUGAGUGGAAUUUCAAACCUGACAGCGAAAGACUAUACACAGAUAUCAAUUCGAGCCCAACAAAGCCCUACAAUAGCCCCAUGGAGGCCUACUGGGCGUCCAAGGCACUCGCCCGCAUGGCCACUCGCGACUUUGUGAAAGACGAGAAACCUGGGUUCGAUAUUGUGAGCCUCCUUCCGUCUGUAGUCAUCGGUCCAGAUACGCGCAUCGCUAUAGACGGCAAGCCGGGAGAGCUGACCGUAGAGGCUCGCGGAGCAGUUAUGGCGUCAGCGUUAGACCCGUCCCUGAAAUCGGUGUUCCCGUUUGUGGGCGUACCGGUGCAUGUUCGAGACGUCGCUCGAGCACAUGUCGAUGCUGUUGACCGCGCCUUGGUUGCUGGAAACCGCGAAUACAUCCUUAGCUCAGAUACCCCGGACGGUGUGAUCUGGGAUAGAGACACGAAGGCUGUUGCGAGAAAACACUUUCCCAAGCAAGUGCAAAGCAAGGCGCUUCCCCUCGAAGGAACGCUGGAGACUAUCGAAUGGCGAUUGGAUGCCACAGAGAAAGAAGGGGCCUUUGGAUGGAGGAUGACGAGUUUUGAGGAUACUAUGAGGGAGAUGAUCACGCAGUACCUACAGCUCAAGGACAAUAUCAAGAGCAGCACGAGUUGA